CAACGAGACGCGGCCUGGCUGCUCCCCAUAGGCUCCGGUUGUCCGCUUAGCAAGGUUAUAACGCUGGGGAGAUACCGGGGCCAUGUCGGAGAUCAUCUGCCAGUGGCUGAACGUAGAGCUGGGUCUCUCCAAGCGAGUCGGUGAGUGAAGAACAUUCAUGGCAGCAAGGGGGUCCAGGCUGCUAUAGAACUACAACUCCCAUGAUGCUCAGCGAAACAGCUUGAGAGUUUUAGCUCUAUAACAUCUGGAGGGGAGCUUUCUAUCCUUUGGGCUUCCCAUCUCUGCCCCCCAUAAUGUAAGGGGAAUUAUUUUGUAACUGCUGGAACACUCAUGGUUAAAGAGGCACUCCAGGGACCAUAACAACUUAAUGUAGAUGAAGUUGUUAUGGUGCCUUCAGCAGCCUAAGCUAUCCCUUUAAAUUUGCCAACUGCAUCCCCUGCGCAUGUAUCAUCCAUAAAUCUGCUACAAUCCAUAAAGCUGUUACUUAUCUGAUCAGUUAAUUUAUUGCCCUUGUUGUUUUUUGUUUUUUUUUUAUGUAUUUAUUCUUAUUAUGUGCAUGGAUUAUAUUUGGAAGAUCUCUUACUCACCCACCAAUUUGCUGUAGGCUAGCUGAUUGUGUUUGGAAUGGUAGUCUUCAAAAAAAUUUUUUUUUUUAGUCUUCAGAAUAAUAGAGGUAAUAGCUGUCUACUAAAACAGGUACAGAGUUAAUAAUUAAAAAAAUUUUUUUUUUUUUUAAAUAGCAAAUUGAAAUAUGAAUAAUAAAAGUGAGGCAGUAAUUCUGAUGUGAAAUAAUAAAUACUCCAACUCAACUCUAGUCAAAGCUUGGCUAUUGUAGCCUCAGUUUUGUUUGCUAUUUGUAGUUUAAUAUGCUACAGUUUUGAGUUUAGCAAACAAGCCCCUCAGGAAUAAACACUAAACUAAGAACAGUAGCAAUUUAUAAUCCACAUAGUAAACAUUUAUGGUACAUUUGCUCAUUUGAAAAAACAAAUAUCCAACUACUCUAUAGUCACAAUUUAGUUAUUUGAUUAUCAUUUUUGCUUUAUUUUGAAGUUAAAGGGACACUAGAGGCCUCAAAAUAACUUUAGAGUAAUGAAGUAUAGAUCAUGCCCCUGCAGUCUCAGAGCUAAAUUCCCUGCAAUUUAGGAGUUGCAAUCAGCCCUUUUAGCAGUGAGACAUCAGAAGAAUGAUCUAUAACAAAAAUGGCUUCAUUUAGGUGGCUAUAGUGUCCCUUUAACUGAAUAAACCUGCCAAGUGUGAACUGAUGUGCCAGAAUAGCCAAACUAAAAACAUAACUGAUUUGGAGAUUUUAUUUAUAACUAUGUUUGCCUAAAACCUCUUUUGAAUUCCCAUCAAAUCACAUUUUAAUGAAAAAGCCUGAUAACUAUCUUUUGCCAAGCUGUCAAAUAGGCUCUGAUCCAAGAUAAUUAUUGUUUAUAUACAAUGGCUUACAUAAUAAAUUAAAAAACAAAAAUAAUUUACAAUAAAUAAUUUAUAUAUUUAUAGUUAUUAUUAUUAUUUCUGUUAUUAUUUAUAAAUUCUUCAGCGCUGUACAAUAGGUGGACUAAUAAACAAGUAAUUGCAACAAGAUCAGGACGUACAGGAACAGAUGAUGCUGAGGGCCCAGGUCAAACUGGCUUACAUUCUAACUAUGUUUUUCUUUUUAUGAAACCCAUUUUGUAUUUACAGUAAUUUCAAUAUAAAAAAAAAAAAGAAAACUAGAUCCUUUAUACCAUUAUUGUUAUAUUUUAAAAAAUCCCAGUUUUUAACAAAAAAUAGAUAACAGCCAGCUGCAAGAUCACAGAUCGUGCACAGUUUUGGGAAUCUGUGAUUUUAGUCAGCCCUAUAAUAUCAACUGCUCUUCAUGAAGGUCAUCAAUAAAUGACAGCUCCAACAAGAUGGCAAUGGUAUUAAACACCCACAGCGCCCCUAUUAAUUUGAGAACUCACUACAUAAGGGUUAGAAGUUAGUCACAUUGCAAAGUGCACCAAACAAACUCUAUGUUUAGGGGAUGUGCCCCACCUCCUAAACACACAAGUGCGAGUGCAGCGUUAUUUAAAUGUUACUUACCCCUUUUUAUCUUGUAUGGGGUAUAUAGACAUAUGUAAAGGGAGAAAAUAUACAGAGAAUUUGGUGCAAUAUGUUUUAACAAUAUCCAAUGGAGUUCAAAAAUAUAUAUAUAAUCUCACUCACAUGUUAUAGAGCCUUUUGGAUAUAGGCUCUAAAAUCUGAGCAUGUGGGGCCCUUUAAGGUGGCUUCCAAACCUUCUUCUAUAGUAUUUUACUUUCCUCAGGAUUUUAUGAAAGACAUAAAUAAUACAACCAUCUAGGUACUAGUAGUUCUACUUAAAUAGCACAAUUGAAAUGAAGAAUUGCAAGAAAAUUUGCUCACCUUUUUAGGAGCCUGUUUAAUAUAACUGGCUCCUAACUUUCAGCGUGGUGUCAAUUUUCGGGGUGACACUCCCCUAUUAGAACCGUGGAAACUUGAUGUAAACGAAUAGAGAUAAAAUAAAUAAAUUGUAAGGAAUUUAUUUACCAAUUAAAAUUAAAACAGAGUAUUAAAACUCCACAAAUAAAACAAAGCAGUAAUGCAGGUAAAAAGUCCUUUUAGCAGGGUUUCACCAAGACGCGUUUCGCCGUGCAGGCUUUUUCAACCGGUGUGUUUUCCAUUCUUCCCAGUUCCAUUUUAAACGUCUUGUGGCUCCUCCUCCUUCUUAUGUAUUUCCUGUAUUUUCGUUUUGAUGCAUGCGUUCUGAGUUGGACUGUUUCCGAGAUAGUAGUCUCUUGUUGUAAGUCCUAUACGAACUACAUUACCCUCAAUACCUCUCAAAACACAUCCGGUUUCUCGGAGUGAUGUGUUUUGAAUUGUGGGAAUAUACACGUGUAUAACGGCAUAGAAUGAAAGAAAGGAUACUUUUGAAACAGUUAGUAAGAUGGUGCUUAUCAAGAUAAGGACAUUACAAUUAAAGGGACACUACAGUCACCAGAACAACUACAGCUUAUUGAAUUUGUUCUGGUGAGAAUUUGUUCUCAUUACCUUAUAGAGAAAAUGCAGUGUUUACAUUACAGCCUAGUGAUAACUUCACUGGCCACUCCUUAGAUGUCUAUUAUAAAUCCUUCCUGGGUCAUGGCUGCCUAAAAUGCAUCCAAACAUUCAGUGUCUCCUCCCUCUGCAUGCAGACACUGAACUUUCCUCAUAGAGAUUCAUUGAUUCAUUCAUCUCUAUGAGGAGAUGCUGACUGGCCAGGGCUGUGUUUGAAUCAUGCUGGCUCUGCCCCAGAUCUGCAUCUUUGUCAGUCUCAGCCAUGGUUCUUUUUAUUUGUUUUUCAUUUUUGUUAUAAUUGCAUAUGAAGGGGACUAAACAUCCACAGCGCCCCUAUUAAUUUGAGAAAUCACCCCACAAGGGUUAGAAGUUAGUCACAUUGCAAAGUGCAUCUUAUGUGAUUAGACCUUUAAAGGGGUUAAAAGGACAUGAUCGGCACCCAGACACUUCAUCUCAGUGGACUGAGAACAUGCAACUGAAAACAUUGCUGUUUCGCAAGAAUGCCCAUGUUUUCAUUUGACGGUUAACAUGCAAUCAGUGUGAUAGCCACUAGAGGUGCUUCCACCUUAAUUAAAGUUAAACUCAGCUAUUUCAAUCAGAUGGUCUCACAGAGACCAUUUGAUUGGCACAGCGUUUUGCCGCACAUGCCACUAGCCUUCCAUUGUUUGAAUGUGGGGAUUGGCUGAAAACAUCUACACUGUUGAUGUCAGCCAAAGAGGUGGAGCGUGAUCAUGGGAGCCAGCAUAUCGAGGUCUAAAAGAUAAGUAAUAAUGACCUUUAAAAACUUCACAUAGUAGGGGGGCACCCCUACAGGUAGAAGGACACUAGCCGUUAGGAAUACAUGUUUGGAAUUCAAACACUAUAAUGUUCCUUUAAAGGUUUUGGGAAAUUGUCCAGUGUUCACAGGCUGCCCAGUCUCUGGAAAAAAUAAAAGGGGAGGAGAUUUUAGUAAUUAUUGCUUUUUUCCACUGAUGCUAAGCAUACAAGGGUUCCUAGAAGCAGAGGCGGCUCUCUAAUUAGUCCAUUUAGGCGGCCGCCUAAUGCCACACGCUGGCUGGGGCUUCGCGGCUGCCUAAAUUGCCUUAGGGCAGAGUGACUUGUCAGGCUCUCGAUCCUACCUGAGUCAUGGCUGCCUAAAAUGCAUCCAAACAUUCAGUAUCUCCUUCCUCUACACGCAGACACUGAACUUUCCUCAUAGAGAUUCAUUGAUUCAAUUCACCUCUAUGAGGAGAUGGUGAUUGGCCAGGGAUUUGUUUGAAUUGUGCUAACUCUGCCCCUGAUCUGCCUCCUUGUCAGUCUCAGCCAAUCCUAUGGUGAAACAUUGUGAUUGGAUCAGGCUACUAGUUCUGAUGAUGUCAGCAGGCAGUGGGCAGGUCUAAAGGAAACAGUGAAAAACCCAGCAGCUUCAGGCUUGAAUACAAGUGAGAUUUUAAUAUUUUUAGGGUGGAAUUGGGGGUUCAGGGGGCUAGAUGGUGUGUCAAGAACAUGUUUGUGUUCUUGUCCCUAUAGUGCUCGUUUAACAAAAAUAAAGCCAAAAUGGAAAAGACGUGUGAAAAACUAAGUAUACUAUAUGAUUCAAUGGCUUGUAGUACCACCUUUAGCAGUAAUAGAUUGAAGUAAUUAUUAGUAUCUCAUAUCAUUGGUGAGGCAUGUUGGCCCACUCUUCUUUACAUGUUAUUCAAUUUAUUGAGAUUAGCUGGUAUUUGUUUAUGCACAACUCUCUUAAGGUCCUGCCACACCAAUUCAAUUGGGUUGAGGUCUGUACUUUGACUGGGCCAUUGCAACACCUUGAUUCUUUUCUAUUUUAGCCAUUCUGUUGUAGAUUUGCUGUUGUGCUUGGGAUCAAUUUGAUCCAAUUUCAGCCAAGCUUGAAUUGUUAGACAGAUGGCCUCACAUUUGACAUGCUUUGGUAUACAGAGGAGUUGUAUAUUUUUAUCAAUUAAAUCAUGACACGGUGUAAUAUAUCAUAUGUGUUGUUGUACAUCUGAGGUUGUAUUUACCUAAUUUAAAGAUCAGUUUAAGAAAAGAUAAUUAUUAUCAUGUCCUGAUUUGUAAAAACCAUAGAAUUCAAAGAGGGUGUACUUUCUUUUUUCCUAUGACUGUAUUUAAAAAUCCAUACUAAGCUGAAUUACAUAGAUCAAAUGUAGUUAUAGUUACUAAGGAUAUAAAAGUUAUGUAAAAGAUGGGUUGGGGUGUAAAGGCAAACUGGUCUUGUCAAAGAUAGGCCCCCCUGUGCUAAAAGUCGCCAGCCCACCCCCGACCUUGACACUUGUAAAUGAUUUUUGAGAACUUAGGACUUGUAAAUGAUAUACCCUACAUUUAAUAAUACUCUUUAAGAUACAUUUCUGUUUUCUACAUAAUUAUCAAAACAUUGGCCUUAUAGUACCUUUUACGUUCCCCAGAGUUUCUUCUCUGUUUAUUUUACAGAGACUGUUGUGUUCACAAGUAAGAGCUUCAGGCAGAAUAAUUCUCACAAGGAUUCCAGAGAGACAGGGGUGACAAUAUCUAAUGAGUUUAAAGGCCACUAUUAUUAGUAUUAUUAAUAAACUGUAAGACACUGUCAAAAUAUAUAUGUGUGUGUGUGUGUGUGUGUGUGUGUGUGUGUGUGUAUUGAUGUAUAAUAUAAAAAAAAAAAGAAUUUUAACUAAAAGUUUAUGCAUUGAACUAGCAAGACACGUCCUUGGGUAACACUGUGUUUAUUAAAAUUGUGGUUAUUUUUAGUUAGAAUAACGCACUAUUGAUUGAUAAUGGCAUGGAGAAUGAAACUAUAACUAGUUAGAGGUGGAUGAUGCGUUAUAAUGGUAUUGGUGCAUUUUAAAAUUCAAAUUUCCAUCUCUACAUUUUAUAAAUACUUCUGAUUUUUGGCAAACCAGGUACAUUAUAUUUACUGUUUUAAAACUACAGCUUCCAUGAUGCUUUGUCAUGCUAAUUGCAUAUAAAGCAUCAUGGGAGUUGUAGUUCUACAACAUCUGGGGAUCAACCUUUUGGGGAACCCCUCCUUUAAGGUGUUUGAUUCUGUUUUGGUUUUGAAUAUUUUUAUUGUUUUCACAAUAUAAGUGCAUAUUGCGAACUGGUUCGUAAUAAAGCAAGAGGUUGCCCACGCAGGGGCUUAAGCAGUAAUUUAUAGCAUUCAUUAAGGUGAAACGUCGCCUACACAGAGGCUUGAAUGUUAGCACAUAGGAAUAAAUGCAGAUUAUCGCCUGCGCAGAGGCGUAUUGAUCAAAACAUAUAGGCGUACUUGAACUUUGAAGGGAUACAGCAUAAACUGCAUGUACUGAGCUAAUGCUACACACCAGGCUGGCUUCACUUGAAUGUUAAGCUUCAUGGUCAUUUACCUUAAAACAGCGGUUUAUGAGUCUUAUGCACCUAUUUCGCUCCGGCGGUGGCUGAGCAUGAUCUCACGCAGAUGUAUGAGGCAGAUACAGCUAGUGUGAUAUGAUGGUCGGUUUAAUAAAUCUUAGGUGGGUGCAGUUUGACCGUGUCUAGCUAGGCCUGAACCUGUUGGUCAGCUGCAAUCUUUGCAUAUUACCACUUAUUUAAAUCAUGCCUAUCUGGUCAGAAAAUAAAGUGUGCAGCUGGAUUAAUCGUGUAUGUAGAUAAGAUGUGCCUCUGUUCCUUGAUAAGCUAGUAUGGUUGUGAAGGUAUACCGCAGUACCAUGGGUGCAUCAGUUUAGUACUCCACUGAUGGGUGUAAUUCAACUGCGUCUAGUUAGGCCUAAACCUGUGUAACAUUGCAAACUAACAAAAGGCAAAUAGUAUUGCUGUCUAUAACGCAUUUUCAUAGCUGCGUAUUGUUGUUUUAAGCACUCAUAGCAGAUAUGAUAUUUUGGUCAGGCAGUGCUAGGCUGUGUGCGGUCGCAGCUAUUGGCGUUGUAUCAGCGCCUAGUAAGUUAUAGAAUAUGUAUGCAAUAAAGAUGGGCACAUAAAAUAUAAAAACGAUGACAAUAAGGGAGUAAUGCUGAACUAAGAAGAAGUCUGAUGAGGGCCUCACCCGGCACAGCUGCAGUACGUCUCUUAGGUCGCCAAGCCUCCAGCUGUCUUCCCCAGACCGACUCCCGCCCACUGUCAGAGCCCCCCGUGGCGCUGUGGGCACUCAGGAGCAGAAACUGUCCACUUGACCCCCACACCUUGAGUCCGCGGGCCGUCCAUCACCACCCAGGACUCAGUUAAAUGCGUGCCCCAAUGUCUCUCCCGGUCACAUACAUGGGACCGUCGCACACCCCUCCCGGCCACCGGUCCGCUGGAAGCACUGCGCAGAUCUGCCACACAGGGCUCCCAGCAUCAGGGACAAGGCUUUCCGGGGACUCCCGACCCAGAAGCCAGGGCACUCACUUCUCCAGCGGGUGGGUAGUCAGCGUGGGGGAUCCGUCUGGCGUUCAGCAGUGCCGAAGUCCGCACGAGCCGUCCUGAUCCACUCCUCCUGGUGAGUAUUUCUCAUUUUUACUCCAUCUCCGGCCGUUCAAAGGUGCAUUUUAGCCGGUCCUGAAAGAGGAGGCGAGGGUAAGACCCCCUCUGCUGAAAUCUGCUGCCUCCUUGAUCAUGCUUGCCGGUGUCAGCAUCAGCGCGGAGGUAGGGCCAGUAAUGUAAGCGGUGGAUGUCCCCCUGCUCCACACCGAUCUUCUCCGCUUCUGACUCUAUCUCCAUCUGCUCAGGUCUUAUGGCGGGCUGUUCUCCAGACAGCCUGUGCCAGUGUAGGCGAACGGCCCCGCCCCCCUGAUUCUGUUUUGGUAUAUACGUUUUGACAUGUUUGUGUUAUCACUCUCUCUGAUUUUAUUUGAACCUGGCCAUUUUCUUUAACAAUUUCAAAGCAGCGAUUGAACUGAUGAACAGACAGUCCUGGUGAUAGUUUUUAGGGUGGAUUUUACAUCACUUGUCUUUCAGUACAUGUCCAUUAAAUCCCUACACACCUUUAUGUCCUGCUCAAUAAUCACAUGCCAAUGUCAACCUGCCAAUUGACCCUCCUUUUAUAUAUACAAAUCCACUGUCCCUGAAUAUAGAUUCCUUCAUUUAUUUUCAGUUAACGCCCCCUCGUAAUAUAAAUCCCAUCACUACCCUUUAAAUAACCCCUUCCUUAUCUGUAAUCUAUAUCUCUCCCUCAAUGUUCCUUUAACACCAAAACAAAAGAUCACACUUUAGUGAUUAACCCGGAGCUGAUUUGCAAAAUUUCCCAAUUUGGCAAUUUUAGUGUAAAAUCUGAAAUACACUUUGAAUUGCAACUUUGAUUACUGACAAUUUAAGCUUUGUUGUAUAACCCUCUCUGCAUUAAAAUGUUAGCAUAAACAAAUCUAAGUUAAAAUUUAAGUUAAGCUAAGUUAAACUCUAGAGUCCCAGUCUUUGGCUGAUGCCCAAUGUAUUGUUGUUACAUUAGGGACAACCAUGACUCAGUUUGUUGAGUGUUGUGUCCUUAGGUGAAAGAUUUUGCGGCUGCGGGCUGUUUGUGUAGUUAGAUAAACAUUAAAACAUUUAGUCUGUUCAUCUCAUCUAUGUUAAAUAUGACUACAUUGUACAGAAUUAGUUAUCCAAAGCUUAUCACUGUUUUUGUGAUGUAUGCUAUGGAAUGGAAAUUAUUCUCCAUUAUUCAGUGUAAGCUAUUAUUUAAGAGUGAGUUACGGUACUGUGGGAUUUCAUAUAUCAAAAUAAGUCAAUUUCUUUAGCGUAAAGAUUACAUUUUUCUUGUUGGAUUCUAUGGCCUACCUUGCAAAGACUCAAUUACGGCUUUGAUCUCAAUCCAAUCUAUGAACUUGGUUGCUGUAAACUAGUGCAAAAAAAGGGUGCAUUUUGUUUAUUCACUUGGACUUAUUUACAAAAUGAGAAGUGUAGCCUUGGAAAAAAAAUCAUUUAUUUAUCCACAACUCUUACAAAUAUUUGGGAAAAACAAACAUGUUUUUGGAACAGAUUCAAUAAGCCAAUUAGAACUAACAGGAGCUGUGAGGGAAAACAAACAAUCUAAUCCCUAAAGUAUUCAACUUCAAAUGUCUGCAGUAAAUGUUCUGAGCGUUGGAAUGGAAGAUUUUUGGAUGUACCACUGCAUUCACAGGUAGGGCUGUCUCAGUUUCUGGGGGAAAAAAAUACUAUCUGUAUUAGCAAUGAUGCAUUAUUAUUCUUGGCCUUACCAUGCAAAUUCAAGGUGAAUGCAAAGUGAAUUUUAAAUUUAAAUCCAAAAUAGCUGAAUGGAAAGCAUAGCUGUCUUAGAAAAUAUUUCUAAUUUGGGUACUUUAACCUUAAAUUUGAGGUUCAGUUUGAAUUCACAUUGAAUUCUCACUUUCCUCAAUAACCCUGUUAAUUUCUUUUCUACCUGAUUGUAAAAUAAAUUAAAAAAAAAAGUAAUUUCACUAACUAAUUCAAAUGCUAUAUGAAUAAUUUUAAUAUGUAUAUUUUUAAAUCUAUUUAUAUAUCUCUUUAUUUAAAUCUAAGAACAGCCUUUAUAAAUAAACUUACAUACCCUAUAUUACCUAAACAUUAACAUAUAUUGAGUUAUAAUAAUGUGCCAUUUUAAAAUAUCCUAAUUGGUUGAAGUUUUUUUUUUUUGUAUUUUUUUGACUCUGUGGAAAAUGGUUGUAUAUGAUUUGGAACUAUUGCUGUGCUUGAGCUAUUACCCCUAACUCUAGGGCAAAAGAAGAUGAUAACAGUCCAAUAGUGUCAUGACCCUCACUCCCUCUGGACACUGUCAUUCCUGUAUUGAUGCUGUACGUCAUUCUGUCAUGUUUUUCAACAUGGGCUGUCCUACCUGCAGGAUGAAGUUGCUGCGAGGGACCUCCCUGAGGACUUAGAGGAAUAUAAUAAUUAUAGGAAUAUAAUUGUCUCAUAAACCGCCUAGUUUUCAUUUCCUCCUAUCUGUGUCUUUUGCCUGAGGUUCAGUAUCAGCCACCAGAUUAUGGCUUUCAUGUAUUCCGGUUCAGUAGAAAAUGUCUUCUUCAGUAAAAACUGCCUGGAACCGAAAUGUUGCCUCUGUUUCAACAAAAAAACAAUGUGCCUCUGGAUUUAAACCUUUGAUUGCCUGGACAGCUUUCAAUUCUAUACACUCUAUGUAUGGGAUAUGGAACCACACAAGUCUGUGAGGCACCAUUGGAAUAUCCCUCUGCUUAGUGUGUGCAGUCCCAUUUGUUGGAAACAGUAGAAAAUGUAAUUGAUUAGAUCUUUGCCUUUCCAUCUGUCUGUAGAUACCAUAUGUGAUAGACCCUUGAAUGUCUUCUUAUAACUCUGGAGAUCCUAUACAGUUGACUAUUAUUGUAUUUCAUAAGGAGGAAUAAUAUUAGAAGUCCAAGUACAGGGGGCUUAACAAGAUUACCAUACAGAGUGUAUACCCCAUUACCCAACUCUUUAACAUACUUUUGAUAGAUUUUCAAUUUUUUUUUUUUUUUUUGCCAAACUAGAUCAGGGUGCGGGGUGGGGAGGGGGGUCACUCUGGUUCAUAUUAAAGGACCACUAUAGUGGCAGGAAAACAAACUAAUUUUCCUGGCACUAUAUGGUCUUUAGGUCCCCCCCACCCUCAUGGCCCCCCUCCCUCCGGGCUCUAGGGGGAGGAAGGGGUUAAACGCUUACCUUUUUCCAGCCGCGAACGGUUCGCCGCGGACUCAUCAUUGAGUAAAUUUUGACCCUGUACCUCACAGUCAGCAGACACAUUCCAGCCAAUCAGCAGCAGACCCUCCUCCCACCUCCUGGACAGCAUCCAUUGUGAAGCUGCAUUCUUAGUGAGCUGUCCAGGAGGUGGGAGGGUCUGGGAGGGAGGGUCUGCUGCUGAUUGGCUGGAAUGUGUCUGCUGACUGUGAGGUACAGGGUCAAAGUUUACUCAAUGAUGAGUCCGUGGCGAACCGUUCGCGAACCGUUCGGCGAACAGUUCGGGACAUCACUAUUGGAGAAACCCUUAACCCCUUAAGGACCAAACUUCUGGAAUAAAAGGGAAUCAUGACAUGUCACACAUGUCAUGUGUCCUUAAGGGGUUAAAGGAACACUCCACUGCCCAAAUACAAAAUAAUUUUUUUUAAAUCACUGUUUAAUAGAUAUACCCCAAAUGAAAACUUGCAUGCAUUUAAUUAUGUAUUUUUUUCAUUGGGGAUAUAUCUAAAAUCAGCUUGCAAAACCUGCAGUUCUCAUGUCUGCUGCCUUUGCAAGCUCUGCCAUUCUAAACCCACCCAGACUUUCUGUGGCUGUCUAAUGACAGACUUCCCACUGCAGCUCAAUGAGUAGUCUUUGUAAGUCAGGUGCUCUAGGCAAUUACUUCCUCUUGAGUUCAGCUGCAUUAAGCUAACGAUACCAGGAAGUAACAUUACCUGUUGUCUGCUUAAAAGCAAAGGGGGUGAAACCAGGUUAACUUAUGAAAGUGUAAAUUUCCUCCUCUGAGGGAGACUUGACCCAAGGCGUGAGCCGAUCCCGAUUGCCAUAAUGGGGCACACAUCAGCCGGUAAGACCUGGAGGGUCAUGCACGGGCACUUGGGAGGGGGGUACUUGGAGGGAAGCCAUUGUGACGAGCAGGGGCAGGGAAGUUUGGACCACUAUGGAGUCCCCCCGCAACCCGGAAACCCUGCAAGGUGGAGUAAUAGCAAGCUAAACGGGAAUACAUAGAGUUCCCGACUCCUAGUGGCCCACAUUAUAUCAUUCCCCGAGACCCUGGACAUGUCUACUGACUUCUCCGCCUAGCCUGAACCUGUGAAUCUCGCACCCUCACAACCGGAGGUGGUAAAUAUGCAGCUGACGGAGGAGGUGACUCUGGUUCGAGAACGAUGUAUGCUGAGGGGGGUGGUGGGGGGCUCUUCCUGAGGCUAGGGGCAUACCCCAAUUGAGGGGCCUGAGAACACGGGCAAGAAGGCCUUCCCACGCCCUGCCGCGAGGGAAGGAUUAGGGCUAUGUACGGUAACCAUGGACACACCAACAGACUCUUGACUGGGACUGAAGAGGGAGACUAAGCAAAGCCCUGAACCACCACCCCAUGCAGACGCCUGACAGCGAUACCCCAGGGCCUCCCCCCCACGUAGGCAACAUGACAGACCUGACAGACUUCCCAUGCCACCCACUCCAGCUACCGCAAAGUAGAGAUGCAGUCGACACAGUUGACUAGACACGCCUGGGACAUGGCUAGAGACAUGACGAACCCCCCUCACCCAUGCACUGACACGCAGCUACAUCCCCCGGGGACCCGAGACUAGAAGACCGGGGCCGGAGCCCCUAUGACACACACACUGACAGGCGUACGGCUGACGUUAACCUACACGACCGUAUGAGAACUACCGGUGACCUUAUGCCUCCCGCGACACCUGUAUGCCUCGGCCAGGGGGCAGGAGUGACACGGUUUGGAUACACGACAAGUUGAUAACCUAACCCAUCCCUGUAGAUAGGGAUCCAUAUUUCCUGUAGUUGAGAGCUACCAUAGUUCACUCACCUAUACUAACUCACUGAGAACACACCAGGGGAAUACGCCCCAACACAAACCGCAGGUGAAGGCUGAGUCCUGCGGUAGUGCUCCAAGGGACCUGCGCCCUCCCGACGGGCACCCUCCUAAAACUGGUAGGGGGGUCUUAGACACCCACUCUCCGUGGGCCCAAAGGCCACCACCACCACAGGUGCUGAGUCGCUGCAGUUCCGCACCGGGCUUGACACAUUCUUCUCUUCCAGCCCCUGCUCUUUCCUCCCCCCCUUCCCUCUUGCCCACCCCUUCUUUUACGAGCCAUGGGGACGGAGUUCAAGCCUGCGCCCCUCCAUGUUUGGUCGAGUAAUGUCCGAGGACUGAAUGUGCCAGAACGAAGAUCCCAUCUGUUGCGCUCCCUUUGGGCCGAACGGGUUUCCAUUGCACUCCUGCAGGAGACCCACUUUCGAGGCGACGAUAGCCCGCAGCUGAAAGACGCGAGGUACCCGUUGGGGUUCUUCGCAAAUCACCAGGCAGCCAAAAAGGCGGGAGUGGCGAUUUUAUUCGCAAGCACGAUCCCGUUCGAGUGCGCGGCCACCAAGGCGGACACUAUGGGACGCUAUCUGUUUGUAAAAGGCACAAUAGCCGGAUGCUCCUACACCUUUGCCAGCAUCUAUGCGCCCAACACCCGGCAGUCUAAAUUUAUUAGAACGACGCUGAAUAAACUUGAAACAUUCCGGGAGGGUUUCCUAGUGGUGGCAGGAGACCUGAAUGUUCCCCUAGAACCAAGAACUGACACCUCUAGGGGGACUAGCUCCUUCCCGUCUCGAGGCUUACGAGUCAUACGAGAGGCGCUCCGAGGCUCCGGCCUCAUAGAUGGCUGGAGGGUGCAUCACCCCGAGGAUAAAGACUUCACUUUCUACUCCACGUUACAUAAGUCUUACAGCAGGCUAGAUUAUAUAUUUGUGGCCCAGGAAUUCCUGCCCAUGUUACUCUCAGCAGAAAUACGACCUAUGGGAUGGUCUGACCACUCACCAGUUUCAGCCACACUUAGAUCCCCCCUAUAUCGCCCAAGAGAAAGGCAAUGGCGGAUGAAUGAAUCGAUACUCAAUGACGCACUAGUAACGACGGAACUCCGAUCUACGCUCACCACAUUCUUUGAGGAGAAUGAAUCCCCGGAGGUACCAGCCCUGACGAUAUGGGAGACGCACAAAUGCGUUAUUCGAGGGCAGCUGAUUAAGAUUUGCACCCAACGGCAGAAGGUACAGCGACAACGUGUGACUGAACUGACCGCACAGAUCUCGGCGCUGGAAAACACCCACAAGUCUACCCACUCGGACAACGACUACAAGGCCCUACUGGAAGCUAGACAAGCACUUAGGGACAUCCUUCACCGCAAACUACAGUACACCAUACGUAAAUCACAUCGGUUUUUCUAUGAAUACUCGGGCAAAUGUGGCCGCCUCUUGGCCCGUACGCUCCAAAGACAACGCCGACUGUGUCACAUCACAAAAAUUAAAGACAGGGCCCAAGUAGCCACGCAACUCCCUGACAAGAUAACUGAUGCAUUUCACGGCUUCUACAGCGACCUGUACAACCUAUCCCCAGAGGGCAGCGCAGACGACCGCCCCAACAAGGACGUACGUAUUGCGGACUACUUGCAACAACAUGUCACGAGAACCCUAAGCCAAGAAGUGGCUGCAGAACUGGAAGCCCCAAUUGCACUAGAAGAACUUCAGACAGCGCUGAAGGGUUCCAAGCCCAAUAAGGCACCGGGCCCGGAUGGAUUGCCGGCUCGAUACAUCAAGGAAUUUGGCGAUGUGCUCCUACCCAAAUUACUCACAGGUCUCAACUCCCUACUAGACGGAGGGACGCUCCCGAGAGACGCCCUUUCGGCAACAAUAGCAGUCAUUCCUAAGGAAGGCAAAGAUCCAACCAACUGUGCAAGCUACCGGCCAAUUUCACUUCUAAACGCGGAUCUGAAACUCUUCACGAAAGUCCUAGCGACGCGGAUAGGAAGAGUUCUCCCAGACUUAAUUCAUCCCGACCAGGUAGGGUUCAUUCCUGGCCGGGAAGCACGAGAUAAUACCAUACGGGCCCUGAACGUCAUUCAUGCGGCCAGACGCUCUGCUCAAAAAGUCCUUCUCCUUUCCACCGAUGCGGAGAAGGCCUUCGAUCGUGUGGACUGGGGUUUCAUGCUGGCUACACUCCGGGCCAUGGGCUUCGGCCCGCAUUUAAUGGCGUGGAUCUCCUCCCUGUAUACGAUCCCUUCGGCAAGGAUAAGGAUCAACGGAGCUCUCUCAAAACCAGUUCACAUACGAAACGGGACGAGACAGGGAUGCCCGCUGUCCCCCCUUCUGUUUGCCCUCUCCCUGGAACCUUUCCUGGGGGCGGUUAGACGGGACGGGGGCAUAGGGGGAUUUACCCUACGAGGACAGGAGCAUAAAGUAGCCGCGUAUGCUGAUGACAUGUUGUUCUUCGUUAGCGAACCGAUAGUUUCCAUCCCGAACCUCCUGAGGUCCUUUGCUGAAUACGGGCAGGUAUCCAACCUGAAACUAAACAAGGAUAAAUCUGAGGCGCUCCCCAUCUCGACAGGCGAAGCGAUGACUACCCACCUUAAGACCCAAUUCGCCUUCACGUGGUGCCCAACCAGGCUCAAAUACCUGGGAAUCUGGUUGACCGCUGACCUGACCCAGCUUUACACACACAACUUCGCACCGAUGGUACACAAGCUGGGAGCAGACCUCACUCGGUGGGGAAGUCUAUGCAUCUCGUGGUUCGGGAGAAUGAAUGCUAUUAAAAUGAACCUCCUACCCCGACUCCUGUACCUGUUCCAGACCAUACCGAUCAAUAUACCGAGGGCCUUCUUCCGAACGAUGGACACAGCUAUCACUAAAUUUAUAUGGCAAGCUAAAGUUCCCAGACUGAAGAAGCAACACCUCCGCCUACCCAAAGCACAGGGUGGAGUGGGUCUUCCAUCAGUCCUUGAUUACUAUAGAGCGACACAUCUCCAUAGAGUCGUGGACUGGCACGUCCCCGAAACUUGCAAACAAUGGAUACACAUGGAACGGAGCCAAUUGGAUGGGUCGAUCCCGGCCGUGGUAUGGCUUGGGGGUACCUUAACAAACACACGCACCCGUAACCACCCGCUCAUCGGAGCGACGCUGAGAACCUGGUACUCAGUGAGAACCACCCUAAUGCUGACCACCACCCCGGGACCCCUGACGCCAAUCACGCAUAACCCGGACCUGGCGGGUGGCCUUACACCACAAGACAUCAAAGCCUUUGGGGACUCGGACUGGACGUACAUGCACCAAUGGUGCACAGAGAAUUCACUGAAGCAACUACAGGAUCUGAUGCCUGAACGGACACCUUCGGGGUUGGAUAGAUUCCGAUAUUUCCAGACUAAAACCUACUAUCAGUCCCACUACGGGAAGCACCUUUUCCACAGACCCUUGACAGGAUUCGAACAACUCUGCACGACACGCAAACACCUGUGCAGAGGAAUCUCGUACCUCUAUACAAUGCUCCUGUCCUCACUGCAACACACACCCCUCAAACAUAUUACGCGCUGGGAAGACGCCACUGGAGUCGCACUGACGGACCCCCAGUGGACGAAAAUCCACAUCUUGACACACCAAAGUUCGAUGUGCACCAAACAACAAGAACUCAACUUCAAGCUGCUGACCAACUGGUACCGGACCCCUGAGAGAAUACACAGGAUGAUACCAGAUGCCCCGGCAAGCUGCUGGCGUUGUGAUGAAGCAGUAGGCACAGAUCUGCAUAUCUGGUGGUCCUGCAAAAGAAUAACCCCAUAUUGGCAUCAAAUACACUCACAGAUCAAAAACAUCACAGGCACGGACACCCCGCUCCUCCCUCUUCAGAUGCUCCUCCAUCACACAUCACUGCCCCUAUCAAAAUACAAGAAGUCGCUGACUAAGCAUUUACUGAACGCAGCCAAAUUGCUAAUCCCGAGGAAGUGGCGAACCACACAGAUACCCAGCCUCCAGGAAUGGAUGGAACAGGUCGAAGAAAUCCAUGGCAUGGAACAGCUGACAGCUUCCCUGCGUGGAACCACAGAGCGAUACCAGCAAAUCUGGACGCCUUGGCUGCUAUUUAUAUCCGGGAGACAGACAUAAACACCAAAGCGCACUGGAGAGCAGGAAGGGCGGAGGCAAGAGACACCUGGACUGCAAGGGCCGUGCUCGGCCGAACGGGUGGUAGGGGCGGAGAGGGACUCCAUGCCACCCGCAACACAGGCUCGAAAACGGUCCUAACCCUCCUCCUUUCUCUCUCUCCCCUCCAACUCCCCCUCCUCCCCCUCUCUCCCGCUUCCUUGAUCUAACCCUCCUCCGAGAGAUGUGUAGAUACGAGCCCGGGGGGGACCGCACCCACACCCCCUGAGGUACCCCCCCUUUUUUUUUUUUUUUUUCAAAAAAAAAGGAGAGAAGAAAAAAGGGAGAAAAAGAAGGAGGGAAAAAAGACCUGACUAGCCAAACUAGCGCGCGACACAAACGUACGAGCCCCUGAGAACACACGGAUUCCACAACUUAAGGGGAACGGGCAGACAGGCUGAAACCGGGAAGCAUAACAAUGCCGAAGACCCCCGAGACCGCUGACACCCAAACAGGCCCAUAGCCCAUAUACAUGCUAAGACUUGACGCAGGAAUACUCUUGACAGACCGUAGUGGGAAGGGCUUGAGACUGACCUAACAAUAACAAGAAUCUGACGGACACACUCGGCUAACACUAGGGCGAAGCCCAAGGACAGGCCCCACGGUUAUGCAGAGACAGGGGUAGACAUAGACUCAUGGUCUGUUCACAUUCCACAUCUCACAUAAACCUGGCUACAUAGCCUCGAUCUGUAAUUCCUUUAACUGGCUGAACUCAUAUUGUAAGCCACAAACUUGCCAUGUUAAACAAAUGUUAUUUCUGGACGUUGUAUCUAGAUUGUUAUCCGGGAAAUGAUAAGAAACGAGCACACCUCAGCCGCAGAAAGGUUUAUUCUGCACAGCUACGCGUACGCAAAAAUUUUGGUAGUUACCUUGAAAUUGCACGUUGACUACCUACAUAAGGUAUCAGCAAGAUACCGCGCAAUGUACUAACUAAUGUCUAGGUGUUUAGCAUAACUGCACUUGCACUGUACAUAUGUUUACUACAGGACUCCAAACGAAGCUCCAGUUUUAUGAUAACUUAACGUAACCUCUUUACACACGUUCUACUGCUAAACAAGGAAAUGUUACUACCUCCCGCUAAUGUUGUAUUGACCCUACGCUGUGAACAAAGAGUACAUUUCCCUUUUCUUUCUUCUGUACCCCAUCUUAUAUGCCGCAAUAAAACAAAGAUUGACAAAAAAAAAAAGAAAGUGUAAAUUUCUAUUGAAAUCUGCAUUUUUUGCAAAAUGAAAAAGAGGACACAUUCUUCACACAGUUGUUUAGGGGUGUGGAGUGACCAUUUAAGCGCACCCACCCUUUUUAGUAUAGGAUACUAUUAGCUCUGGAUUUGCGUGUUGGUAUAUUUCAGCCUUUGCAAAUCAUAGCUGGUGUGCUACAGAUUCCUAACAAUUGUCUACACUAUUUCAAUUUGUUAUCCACAUUCACACCCAACAUCAUAUAUACAGCAUAUGGGCUCAUUUUUGAAGAAAAGUAAGAAUAAUUAAGGCAAUAAAGCUCCAAAAUUGUAUGUUUGCUUCCAUGAUAAUAUUUCAGACACUGUAUGAAGAUUAGUAAGAUCGAGCCAACCAUUUCACCUUUCCAAAUUGUACCCUCCUUUCACUAUUUCUGUAAGGGUGAACUAAUAAAUGAAAGUUAACAUUUAAAUUUUUUUUUAGAUAAUUACUAUCACGAACGCAUCCUACUUCAAGAGUGUGCGUGAUGUAGUUGUGGUGGUGAAAGGGUUAAAGUUCACUAUUUGUCUGCACUAGACUGGAAAUAAUUAUAAAAUCCCCCUUAACACCACCCACACCUAAGCAUAAUAUAAAAAUUACUAUUUUAACGCUGCCACUACCAAGACAAUUUAUAAAUGGGGUGCCUUGGUCCCCCAGGCAACUUAAUAAUAAAAACCCACCAAGUACAACUUAGCACAAUAUUUAAGCAGUUGCAAAACACUAAUUAGUCUCUUCAGGUAACGUGAUUCUUUACAGGCAAAGGCAAAACUUAAUAUUAUGUGCAAAAAAAUUGUCACAGUGCAUACAAAAAUAUAGUUGACAAUCAAAUUAGUUACACCAACAACAGAUAAAACAAAAGGGAUAAAAUAACAGAAGUCCUAAUGACUCACUCAGGUUUUCAAAGUAAAACUUCUGCUCAGGGGGUCUCUUGUAAGAAAGGUGGUGAUUCACUUAGAAUUAGAUUCUGCCCCCAAGCAAGUGCUAAUACACAUCUCAGUAUCAUUGGAUAUAUACCCUGUGGAUUACCAAGCCUCGCCCAGAGGUGGAGAUAAGGCAUACCUAUAGUAACUAUAAGCAGCCACCCCCUUGUGUUCCAGACCAACAUCAACCAAAUGGAAACAUUUGGUUCUAUCUCCUCUUAUGUACUUGCCACAGAAAUAAUAAUUGCAUCUAUGAAUGUGUUACCAUUUUUCCAAUCCAUAGAUAUGUCACAAACCUUACUUGUGACCCAAUAUAGCAGACAUCACAAUCCCUACCCCUAUGGUUAAGUUACGCAAAUCAUGUUUGUCCUUGAUUAGAAGAUUGUGCUCAUCCCAUUCCAAAUAUAACAAAAAUGAGGCUCAGUUAUUAUUCCGUGAGUAAGUAUUUAUGGGUUUUUUGGAUAUGAUACUGCAACACAAAGCUUGUUUUUUUCUUUUCUUUCUUGAAAGCUAAUGAUCAUUAACAUAUCAAAGAAAUUAACUUAUCAAUUAAAAGGUACAGGCCAUAUGGCUGAAGCCAGCUAGUUUCUAGUUUAUAGUGAUGUCCCGAACGGUUCGCGAACGGUUCGCCACGAACGGUUCGCAGCGGACUCAUCAUUGAGUAAACUUUGACCCUGUACCUCACAGUCAGCAGACACAUUCCAGCCAAUCAGCAGCAGACCCUCCCUCCCAGACCCUUCCACCUCCUGGACAGCAUCCAUUUUACAUUCAUUGUGAAGCUGCAUUCUUAGUGAGCUGUCCAGGAGGUGGGAGGGUCUGGGAGGGAGGGUCUGCUGCUGAUUGGCUGGAAUGUGUCUGCUGACUGUGAGGUAUAGGGUCAAAGUUUACUCAAUGAUGAGACCGUUUGCGAACUGUUCGGCAAACCGUUCGGGACAUCACUACUAGUUUACAGUGGGACUAGACAACCAGGUAUCGCAAGUGUAGAAUCUCACACUGCAGAGCUUUUGAUUAAUCAACCGAUCAAUCCAUCCCCUUUCACAUUCCUAUGCAAUUUACAUUACCCCUUCUUUCACCUAACCUUGCAACCAAGUGGCAAUAUUCUAUUGUGCAACAAUGAAGUAUGCACCCUUGGCUUGACAAUCAAUUUCUGUUUUACCCUGUGUUUAUCUGCUAGCUAUGCAUGCUGUGUUCCAAAUAAAUGUUACACAUUUUUUAAUAAAAAAAUAAAACAAUUUUUUUUUUAUUAAAUGGGUAUAAGUAUACAAUACUGCAAAUGUGAUUAUGGUUGGAAUCCUCCUGGAACAGCUGCUCUUUUUUUAACAGAGAUGCCAAUAAGACAAUGUGCCAAUCAAAUGUUAGUGUACACAUUUUUGGCAUUGUAAUAGUCCCGAGGUUAUUAGAAUGCUGCUCCUCUUGCAUUAAUGCUUAAAUUUAAAAUAUAAUCUAGUUUGUUUUUUUAAACAUAAAAGCUUGGUUUUCUAUCCCUGUAAUCUGUACUAUUUACAGGUUGUUUGCAGAUCUUUAGUACCAGUGACAUGUAUGUAAAUUCAUAAUUCUAAUAUAAUUUUAUGUAUUUAUUUUUUAAUUUAUUUUGAUGUUUAGAACCAAAGUGUUUUGCAAAGGAAUUUUCCACUGGAUAUUUAAUUGGAGAAGUCUUACACAAGUACCAACUGCAGGAUGACUUUGAUCAAUUUUCACAGAGCAGGUAUAGUGCUUUGCAUGAUAAAUAACAAUUAAGGUCAGUGGGCUACACUUGAAGGACUGCACAUUCAGUAGAGAAAUCAAGUCUCAAUUUUACUAACUGGGGGUCACUGAGGCAGAAUUAAGAAAAAUGCAUAUCGCCUAUAGUCACCAGUUCACUCAGCUGUGAUAAUAGCAAUAUCUAGCUGAUUAAGAAAAAUAUUAUGUUAUUGCAAAGACAUAGUGUUGGGUGGAUCUUCUGUGAAGAGACAUUGAUUGAUAUGCCGUAGUGUUAUUUUUCCAUCUUCCAGUUGAGUGGUGCUUGAAGACUUCAGUAUGUAGAGAGGCUAAUGAAGCCUUUAAAAAGUUUCCAGGCACUUUUCCAGAUUUUGAAACCAGACUUUGUGGAAAGGUCUUCAGUCAAUAGUUUCAAAUAAUGGAGAACAUUGACAACAGUGUAAGAGAAUCUUGUCUAUGCAGCAAUGAGCAUUUUGUAGUUCCUGGAGUCAUUGUCAUGCAAGAAACCGCAGUGUAUUAUUAUUGCAUUGGGGAGACACUGAGUAGAAGUGCUAAGCCCUGAUGUUAAUGAGCCUGGAAAUCCCAUACUUGACCAUUAGUAAUCUAAAAAUAAAGAUCAAGGAUACAGUACAGAAAAAAAUAGUACACCAGGAGACAUUUUAUCUUGAGGCAGACUAGUGAAGCUGAGCAGUUUUUAACACCUAGAUUAGAAAAGUCACAUAAUAUGAUAAUUAUUAUUAAGUUCCUUAAUAUUUAUUCAGUCAUUAUAAUGUCACACUCAUAAAUUCCCCCCCCCUAUUUAUAGAGCUGCCAUCUCCAAACUAAACAACUUUACUCGGAUAGAGCCCACUCUCCAUCUUCUGGGUAUUCAUUUUGACCAAAAUGUGGCCCAGGAUAUUAUAUCCGAACAACAUGGGGCAGCAACCCGACUUCUGUAUCAAAUGUACAUUGCUCUGCAAAGGAAAAAGAAGGCAGGAUUAACAGGAGUAGCUAUGGAGACUAUGAGACCAGCGGCUUCAGCCAAGUUACAAAGCAUUGGCACAGAAUUAUAUCGAGAGGUAAGAGAGCAGCAAGUGUCCUUCUUUAAGUAUUUUGGUGACCAUAUUUUCUUAGAGCUCAAAUGUUUGUAUUAGAGAGCACCACAACAAUAGAAAACUCUCUUUUUUUAUUGAACUGAAAUUAAAUGAAACCUAUAUUGUGAAAUGUAUGCAAAGGGUGUUGAUUUUGAAUAGCUCUAGCUUAGCAAUAGUCAAAGUUUGGCUAUUUCAGCCUAAAUUUAGCAAUACACGAAAUUUGUGCACCAGUGAAAUUUUCAUUUCGUAGGAAUGAAUUCAUACUAACUAAAAAUUUAAUUUAUCCAUUCCAAAUUUAGUCCAUAAAACAUUUUGUUUUUUUGGGAUGAAAUUCUGUAAAAAAAUGAUUUGUUUUCACCCAUUUGCCGAAAAUAACACUGCGCAUGUGGGGAAAAAAGUAAGGAGGGAGCCGGCAGCGCCUGCCCACAAGAGGCACCUGCCCAAAAUAGUUCCAGGAGAAAAGUAGUGGCGGUCGGUCUCUUUCGGGAAUACGAAAACAAAUAAAAUACCGAACGGAUGCUUCAGAUGGUAUGCAGAUAGUGUUCACCUAAUUCAUGCGAACGAUUCCACCAAACAGUGCUCUUCCAGGAUGUAAAGAAAUGAACCCAGGUGGGAAUGGAAGUUUUGCAAAGUCGGGUGUCCGAUUUAAGUUCCAUGCUCUCGACGACCAAACACCGCUGCCUGCGUUCGAACAAAAUGGCCACCACCACGUGUUCGUGCAUACAAACGGCAGCCACCCAGCCGACCACUUAGAUCGUUAUUGAGUUGUUAACAGGGGUGAACGAGGUUAAUAAGCAUGGUCAGGGUAUUUUGUACUUUUUUUCAGUUACCAAACAAAACAGGGGAAAACGUAUGUGAACACGGUAUUUACUGAACAAAACAGGGAAUAGUAAGAAACAGAGUAUUUCAGUGGCAGGGUGUUUUAUCACAGGGAGUGGGGGCAUGCCGCCUAAUCAGCGAUCAGCCACUGGCUGUCAUUUAAAACAGCUAGUGACUGGACAGCUAUCGCUAUUGUUCUCCAUGCAAUAACUAUAUUCAUGAUAGAUUACAUCAAGACAUUAAAAGAAAUAAAAUAAUUCAGUGGUUACCGCUCAGUCCACUGAAUGGAAAAAUAAGUCACCACGGCAUCAAACCUCCAUAGUGGAGGACGGUUGCCUAAACUGUGCUCUCAAAGAGGGGGUAACCCCCAAAUGUAAAUUGCAAAAAACAUAUUAGAUCCCAGCGUGGUCCUUUAACAAAAAAGGAGCACCCUGAGGGAGAGCACAGAUGAAUAGGAAAAAUGUAGAAUAAAGUAAAGACAUAAAACCCUACCUUUAAUAAAUCUAUAGUUAAAAUGGGAAUAGCCCAGUACGCAAUAUUACAGUGAAUAGAACUAGGGGAGAGGACUAAACAGACUCAAACUGUGAUAUAUAUAUAACAAGAUAAAUACUUGAAGUAAUACCCAGGUAACUCUCCUCUUGGAUAGAGGGCGAUCCAGGUAUAUAGCUAUAAAGGGACUAGUAUCUAAACAGACCUAUAGCAACUCAAUAGGAAAAAAUCUAUAGCAAGUCAAUGGUAAAAAAUUCCCUAGCCAUAUUACAAGGAAAGGCUGGAUAGGACCUAAAGGAAUGCCAAAAAAAACCCUAAAAAAAAUUAUAUAGAUACUACACACUGUCUCUGUUACCUCAGCACCGCACAAAGCUAGUGCCUACCUGAACCAACCAACCCUAGUAUUAUAAGUAAAAAAAACUUAUGAACUAAAUAGUGCUCAUAGUGCUACCCAAACAGUGUAAAUAAAAGUGGACAAAAACAAAACGCCCUACGUGCUUUUCGGCGUGCUCAUACAUCAUAGUUUGGGGCAAAGUGAAUGAGCUCCCCAAAGUGGUGUGUUUAAAUACCUAUCUUUCUAAUGAGCCAUAUGGGUAAAGACCAAUCAAAUGUAUAGGCAGGUAAAUAGGGGGGACAAGACCAAUUAUGUAAUACGCCAGUCAGCCAGACGGGAGGGACCAAAGCAACUAAGUGCCGUACCUGUAGUCAUAGACUUAUCACUCACGUACGCAUACGUCCCUUAGUGACGCCUAUUUGAGGCGAGGUAAUGAAUGUGUACAUAGGAUACUUGAAUCUCCCAUUAAAAGAUCUUGUUACCUUAGUUGAUCCAAGACCAGGUGUGACGAGAGGAGGGCAUCUCGCCCUUUCCCAUAUGUACUCUGCAAUCGAUGAAAAAAUGGGCGGGACAGGAUCGGGACCCGCCUCUCGAUCGCACUAGGUUAAAAGCGGCGGAUGGGCGGUACUGGGGCAAGUCCAUUUUAACCUUAGAUUUAUUAAAGGUAAGGUUUUAUGUCUUUACUUUAUUCUACAUUUUUCCUAUUCAUCUGUGCUCUCCCUCAGGGUGCUCCUUUUUUGUUAGAGGACCCUGCUGGGAUUUAUUUUGUUACAUCAAAACAUAAUUAACCUAUUAAUUGCAUGCAGCUAUUUAUGUAUAUAUUUUAGGUCUCACUGGUGCAUAUCUAUUUACAUUUAAAAAUCCUGUAUGUUUCUUCAUUGUAUAUAACUACUCCUGCUAUAACUACUAUAUAUUGACUUUCAUUUUUAUAGCGUUUAAAGAUGAUUGUGCCACGCCAGACAAAUGUAAAUUUGCAGAAAGUAACUGAACAGUUUGAUAUAAAAGCCAAAGAAAUGAGUGAAAAGCUUGAUAAAAUACAUAAUGACGAGCUUAACAAAUUACAGAAAGUCCAAGAAGAGCUGAGACUUCAGGAUAUUGAAAAGGUAUUUUUUUUUCUGUUACAUAUUUUUGGCAUAUGAGAAUAUGUAUAAAUCGACAUGAAUUGAAGACUAGCUAAAUUACAUGUAUCUAAGGGAAAAAAAGUGCUUAUGUUUCUGUAUGCUCUAGGGGUGUGUAUGUGUGUAUGUAUCUGUGUGUAUGGGUGUACGUGUGUCUGUGUAUUUCAAAGCAGCUGAAUCGAUAGGGAAUACGCAGUGGCAGUCAGAAAACAGACAGAAAUCUGACGCAUUUCCUAUAUGUAAGACUGAUCUCACUCAUAAAUAGUCUAUGAAUAAGUGCUCUUAAGCACCUGAUUAACUUCAUUAAUCAAGGGUAGAUAAAACGUAGAAUCAUAUUUACUGUAGAUCUACACCUCCCAUAAUUCUUUAGAGUCAACUUAGACUGAUUUCAAGGACUUGUGCAGUGAUUUAAUUGCCAUACUUACAAUGUUAGAGUUUAUAAGUAUAAAAGUUAUGCCAUAUUUAAUUGUAUUAGCUUCGUCGAGCUCGGAGGAGACAAACUGAAAUAAUGGCACGGAUUCAAGCUGCAAUCGUACAAAUUCCUAAACCACCACCAAAUCGCACAUUGAAAGCCAUUGAAGCACAAAAGAUGCUAAAAAAGAAGAAAGAAGCAGAGGUGAGUUUCAUGUUCUGAACUGUAAAUGUCUUAUUAACAAAGCACAAAUCAUCAUUAUUUCACAAAACAAUUGCAUUACCAUGUGGAAGGACAGAAAUGUCAUGUUCUCACAUUUUUCUUCAAUUUAUGAAGCAUGACCGAAGUGAGCUAAAUUUAAAAACUGGAUAUUAACCCACUCAUAAGUCUCUCUGUAUUUAAAGGGUGUUUACCGAGAGCUAGAAAGAUUUGAAACGACAAUCAAGAGAAAUGGCUCAUCUAGCAGUAUAUCACCAACUACAAGGUAAAUGUGUUUUGCUCCAUUGAACUUUUUGGUUUUAGCGUUAUAUUCCUUAUUUAAUGUUAUUUAGCUCUAGAUUACAUUACAUUGCAUAUUUUAAUGUUAAAGUUGGUUGUUUAAAGGGAUAGAUACAUAAAAUUAUGAAUUACACAUACCAUAAUAUUACCCAUGCAAAAUAAUAUGUGUGGCUAAUCUAACAGGACUACUAGAUUCCUAAACUGGCUUAGAGAGAGAAAGAUAAUAAAAAAUAAAAUGAACGGUGCAAAGGUUUCUUCUUAGAGGUUUCUAUCAAAGCACUCUAUGAAAGUUAGAUUACCAAUCUCUCAGACGGUAUUUUAAUUUAAUUAUUUGCGUAAUGGCAAAGGGUUCAUCUGUGCACACAGAUCAUUCACUGAAGGGGUUAACGUUCUGCUGGAAUUGAGAAUGGUGGUUUAAGUGCUGGGGAUAUAACUGAAAUGUUACAGAAAGGUUAUCAUUUUGUGUGUUUGUCCUGUGCUAGUGCUUGUAUUGUACAUAUUUAUGCAGACCAGGUUUAUACAACUUCCAUCAAUGGGGAAGAGUAAUAGGAUACAUACAAUUUGUUUCUCCAUUUUUUUUAUUCAGUGUUUGUGGUAUUCAAUUUUUUAACCCUAAUCAUCAAUUGUGAUGAUUUUAGCAGAGAGAUUCCCUUGCUGGCCCUAAUCCUAUCCAAAUCUGAACCCUAAUCCAAACUCUAAUCCUAAACCUAAUUCUAAAAGUAAUCCUACCGGUUUUUCUAUGCUAAUAUCAGCACUGAUAAAGUGUGUUGCUGCCAUUUACUGGCUGUUUUCAACAUGACAGGGAGAUCCCUUGCAUACUUAAAAAAAAUGCAAUGCCAUUACACUGUGAUCGGUGCAGGUUAACUGGCAAAGCUCAGCUCCGAUCAAAAUGGUAUGGGGGUAUGCAGAGAGAAACUGUCAUGGUCUGCUCCAACUCUGGGUUUCUAAGACACAUAAGCUACACACAGAGAAUCACCGUGGCUGAGCAUGAGCGAUUAGUCGCGGUGUUCUCGGUCAGUCUGGGGCCACUAACUGUCUCCCUGAUGUGAGUUUGGAUUUUAACCUGCUCACACGCAUUGCAGCAAAUGGGUAUUUAAAUCCACAUUUAAAGAACUGAGUGUAGCGCUUACUUUGAAACAGUCCCUGCUGGUAAAAUACCACAUUAUGGAAUUAUUCUGAUCUAGGGAAGCCAACCAUGGCAGAAUAAUUCUGUCAUGGGUCCUUGAGGGAUUAAGGAAACAAUUGCAUGCAUAUAUUUGUGUUGAGAUAUAAAUAAUUUUUAUUAAUCAACUAAUGAUCAAACUUUUUUCUAGGACUUCCACAUUACAGCGAUUACGUUCAACAGUUAGCAUUGGCACCGCUUUAUUAAAGCUAGAUUCUAGUGAUGACUAUGUGAAGAAAAUUCAGAAACGUUUGGAAGAAGAUACAGUAGCACGUGAGCAGAGGGAAAAAAGACGACGCAGAAUCCUAAUGGAACAACUGACAGCUCAUGGGGCGCAGGAGGUUAGAAGAAUAUUGCAAACCAAUAUAUUAUAGAUCCACAUCUUUAUUGCAGCUCUAAUACCAGAUUUGUUUUCAUUGAUGUACAGAUCUACUUGUAAAUACCUAAAACCUCCAGAGAUCCGCAAAUAGAGAAUACCAAAGUUAUGAUGAAACGUGCUAAUUUUUUAAGUAGCUUAUAAAAAGCAUGAAAAAAAUUACACUAACAUUAAAUUAUCUUUUUUUCCACUAGAUGUCACUAUACUCUAACAAGAUGAUAAAUGUAUGCUCAUUAUGAUCCUAAUGUUGGAUAGCUCCAUAGAGGUUUAUCUUGGCACCCACAUUUCUGUAAAUAUAUUUUUUUAAAAAGCUCAGUUGAAACUCAUGCUGACAGCAACCUAUGACAGUUAUGCGUGCCCAGGCACAAAGACAACUGGAAUGCAAAGAUUAUGGAUCAAUAAACAAUUUUGUGCAGAAGAUGUUUGUAAACGACAUUUUCCCUGAAAGGAUUUCAAAAAUACAAGUUUAAGGGAAAGAAUGAAAAACCUGGGAUUGCAAGGCUAUGUAUAAAGCCAUAUUGAUUGAAACAUUAUUUUAAGUUAUUUAUGGUAGAUAGAAGAAUACAGAGAUUUGAUGGCCCAAUUGAUAUUAAUCUGUGCUUCAGUCUGUGGUGGAUUUUAAUUUAAAAGUGCUGUAUUAAAAAAACUAGAGAGGGGCGGGGCUCGGAUGCCAUACUGGAGGGUUGCAAAUUGCAUGAACUCCUGACGAAUACCGAAAUAAAAGUGAUUUUGAGGUUGAAUAAACCUUUACCUGGAUUCUCCUGCACUGGUGUACUCAUCUGCCACCAGGGGAGUAACCUUGAGGUGUGGUCCGGAUCUCUCCAUUCUUGCACAGAGUAGUGGUGGUCCUCAGCCUGAAGCAGAAGAAGCAGCUGAUCUACCUGUCCAGAGCUGCCCUGGAUAUCUUUUCUGUAGUCCCACUCCCUACCAAGCGACUACUUACCUCUGCACCGAGCCUGAGCGACUCCUGACUCAUGAGCAGCCUACACAAGGCUUUUCCAAGAUAGCCGACGAUGUGAGCCCGGCAGCCCGACAGUGGCUAAAUAAACCAUAAUAAAUCACAUACAGCACUUACCUGCAAGAAAAGGCAGAUAACUUGAGCAACUGCCUGCAGGGGACAAACUGAAACAAAAGGAAUAAUGGAAAAGGAACGGUGUGGCAACAUAAAACAAACAUUUAAAGGAAUCCAAGAGACUGGGAAUUCCAGGAACGGAAUACAGAAAUGAACCCAGAAAACCCAGCAUAAAGAAAACCAGACAUAGAAUAGAAAAACAGAAAAAAACAAGAAAAACUAAACAAGAAUUGUAAAAAGAGUACUGGAUACCAGAAACCAUUGCCAGAAUGGUCCGCAGCUAGGAACAGGAUGUAACAAAUUCUUAGCCUCAGUUCUGAAAGGACUGGGAAGCAUGGAGACAGCAACCUAUGAUGCCCACGCGUGCCCAGGCACAUGCUACCGAUCAGAGCCCCCCUCCUCGGCAGGGAACUAAAGAGAUUAGAGUGACCAGCCAUAGUCGACGCACUAGGGUGCAACGGCGCCAAUCGCGAUCCCAAGGCUUUUUCCCAGAGAUAGCAGGCGGGAUCUGUGGAAAAUGGGUGCUGGAUCCUGAUGUGGCAGAGUGCUGCAGUGACACCGCACGAUGCUGCACUAUGUGUGGCAUGAAAUUCCUUUAUUGCCUGUCUGGCUGAUACAGGUGUGGGUUGAGUUGACUGCAUUCCGCGACCCGAGCAUAUACCCAGGCUCCCACUUUGGCUCGGUUGCUGCUUAUCAUCUCUAUACUUGCCUACUGUUCACUGCAUGAUAGUGAUUGCUCUAUACUAUGCCUUUACUAUAACAUUAUUAUAUCAAGAUCAACAUCUUGAGCUUAGUGUAUACCAUCCUUGGUGGUUUUCUCCUUCCGCAUUUUUAAUCCUAUGCAGUCAAAAUGCAUAAUUGUACAUUCACCUUCAUUUUCUCUCCCUUUAUUUUGACUCACACUUGAUUCUACUCUGUUUCAUUUUAAAAUAGUGCAAUUUACUCUUAUGCCACGAUUUUGUUUCAAUAUGGAUGAUAUUGAAUACGUAUCAAUCCUGUUGUGGCAUUGCAAGCAUACAUGUUACCACUUGCACUGCAGAAAUAAAGAAUUUUAAAAAACCAAACAAAAAAAACUAGAAAGUCAUUCAUUGACUAAACUGUCAUUUUCUAAUUAAUUUAUUAGUAACAAUUAGAAUUGUGCAAAAAUGUGUUUUAGCUGGUUCAUCUGAAUCAAAAUCCUUUUAAUUCACACCUGUACAAAUUGAUCCUUCUGGAAUUUACGUGCUGAGUCUUAUUUAGUGAAUAGGACUCCACAGGUUAAUCCCUGAGUAAUUUGUUCAGGUAUGGAUUAAAAGGGUUUUUAUUCGGAUGAACUGGCCAAAACAUAGUAGCAAUAAAUAUCAACAUAUUUUAUUUGGAAGGAUAUACUGAGAUUUUCUUACAUUUCAAAAUAGUGUGUGUCCCAAGAUACAUAUAUUGCUUUUGCUCAAUUCGUUGGUGCCUUCAACUCCUUGUUGCCUGUCAUUGAUCAUGGAGGGAUUAUUUGAUGCUAAAGUUUAAACACGUUAUUCUAACGGUCACCUAAUGGUCACCCAAAAGAAAGAAAGAAAGAAAGAAAGAAAUAAUGUAGUCGGUGACAGUCAUUACAGUCAUUAAAGCUCUGAUAUGGCAGUUAAGUAGUUGACUUGAUAAAAACCUUUAUUUUAGUGGCUAGACAAGAUGAACCAUGCCUAAAAAAUAGUAUCUUUGAUUCACAUAAUAUCAGGACUAUAUAUAUAGGAAUUUAUAUUGCCAGGUCUUCUACUCAUUGCAAAAAUAUAUCAAUUUAAAUGUGGCACCUAUUAAUUCAGUGACUUGCAUUGCACUAGCAUAUUAAGAUUAGAAUUCACAAAUUGUAUGCAGCUGGUCAAAAAUGAUAAUGCAGCAUAACAAAGCGUUAUGAUUUUUUAAAAUAUGUUCUGAGUCAUGUAUUGGCAUGUUCACUGUCCAUUCUAAGAAAAUUUAAAUAAUUUGACGGCAGUCACCCACAUUAAGUCUAAAUGUGGUAACUUAGGGAAGGCAUUUAGAUAAGAAAGUACAAGUGCAUUACUAGUUAUAGUCUAACUUGUGGUGCUGUGAAAUCUUUUACUAACCACUAAGACUUUUAAUAAGAAAAUCUGACACCUUUUGUUAUUAUAGUUUUUAAAAAUGUUAACAUUAGUUUGUGACUUUUCUGUCGUUUUUAUUAAAACCAAAAUAUAUUCUAGGCUCUUGGAUUGCAAUCAAACCUAUGUCUAGGGCCAGUCGGAUAGCACUAGGUCUAUCCUGGGCUUAACCUUCAAAUAAACCUAUAACAGAAAAUGCUCAGGAAAGUUAAAAUAUAUAUAUAUAUAUAUAUAUAUAUAUAUAUAUAUAUAUAUAUAUAACACUAUCCUUCCCACUGAAUAUGUACGAAUUCAUUGUAAACAUAACAUAGCAACAUAAUAAGUCAUAUAUUUACUUGAUAGAUCAAAAAUAAAAUGACACUUUGUUACUGUCACAUGUUCAUCCUCACCUUGUGGUGUCUCUGGGGAUAACUACCUUCCGGGCAUUGGUGGAGAUGCUGGUCGGCAGCCCUGUGCCGGUGUGUCUGAUUCCUGCAGCAUAUUAAAAGACACCGGCCACCGUAGACCCAUACUCAUUUAUAACCCCAUGUCCACCCACGGUAUUGACGACGUCAACGUGCGUAUGACGUCACGCAAACGAUGCAAACGCACGUUCUGGGGUCAGAGGCCGGGUACUACCAAUCGAAUUUAAAGGAGACUUAUUUAAACUCCUUUCUUGCCUUUCUUCAUUGCCCUGUUGUGGUUUCCCUUAGUGGUUUUCCAAGAGUGUGUUUCUGAGCGUUUAUUUCUGGUUAUUGACUUUGGCUUUGUUUUGACUUCCCUGUAUUCUGGUAUCCCUGACUUUUGGCCUUCCCUCAUCAUUGUGUCUCCUUCUGUGUCCCCGACAUCGGCAAGUAUUCUGACUAUUCUCUGGUAUGUUAAGUCCGGCCAUUCAAAGGCCUGAUAAGACGUUACCUUUAGUCCUAGGUGUGAUACAUUUCUGCGUGCUGGAUCAACUAGUAAUCCUGACCGUUACCUGCUCUUCUUCUCCUCACCUUCCCCAUGGGCGCUGCCAUCAAUUUGAAUCUAUUUGAUUGGCAUACUGCUAAUCCAAUAAAACAGAGCAAACUAAAGACUCCCACUAGAUGACAUCAUGUACUCAUGAACAAUUGGAUGGCAAAAACUUGUAAGGUGAGCACAAGAUGCAAGUGUGCAUGCAUUUGUGUCUUUUAAGUCUGAUUGCUGUGAACUGAUCAAAGUAAUUUACAAUAGUAUCAGUUCCUGCAAGAAAGAAAUAUAAAAAAAGAUCGGGGUACAAAUGGGUAUUACAUAUCCAUAUUAAAAGUUAUUUUAUUUAAAAUAGUAAUGAAAAGUGAUAGUUUACAGUUCAUUAUUAAAUAUGUAUCUAAUUUGUAUUCAUAUGAAUGUUGGGUUGAAUGAAAAUUCUUCUAGCAGGUACUGGAUAAAUGUCUACAAAGAACAGAUUAAUAUAUGAGAGAGACGAUGAUGCAUUCCUUCAUAUCUGUGUAGGCUAGAUAUGGUCACAUUCCUAAUCUCUGCAAAGAGUUAAAUACCUUGUUCCAAAGCUGUAGUAUUGGGUUGAACAUGUCCAACAUAAACCAGAAUAAAUUGGCCAGACUAUUCUCUGGCGUUGCUAGACCUGAAGGUUGAUGAUGUAUGCCUCAAUUUAAAAGCUUUCUAUAUAACUCAAUACUGUUACAAAAACUUUCCAAAUUAGUUAUUUACAGAAAAUCCCGUAGACAUUAAUGGUGUCUUCUGUAGAUAAAUUAUUUGUAUCGUUUUUCUAACAGUAUUGAAACCUGCCUCUUGCUCUCUCCUAAAGGACCACACUCCACUCUCACCUCCAGUUCUGCUACUUUCCCACCAUGUCUAUUUGCUCUCUCCCUCAAUACCCAUCCUUGUUGUGUUUUUAUACCCCAUCUCCUCUAGACUGUAAGCUCAUUUGAGCGUGGUCCUCAACUACCUAUUGUUCCUGUUACAUUUUAUUAUUGUCUCAUUUGGUAAAUUCCCCUUUUAUUGUAAAGCUCUGCGGAAUAAACCGGUGCUAAAUAAAUACCAAUGAUAAUAAUAAUGAUUUUAAAAACUUCUUAAUAAUAUAUAACUUGCAACAGUCACCAUCUGGGGUAUUUGAAAAAUAGUUACUAAAAUUAGAAUUCAAUAUAAAUUCACACUUAACUCCAGAGUAGGUAAACUGAAACAUAGCUGACUUGGAGAAUUUUUCCAGUUUGGCUAGUUUGACCUUGAACUUACAAUUCACUCUACUGAAACUCCCAUGUGUUGGGAAAAAGUCUAAAUAUUUGGAGAGUUCUGAAAAUUUGAUUCUAUGAUGGACUAUAUGUGGAUUAUUUACUAAACAUCAAAAAAGUAAUACUUAGUCUAGACUUUCCAUUGCCAAGUUGGGAUUUUAGCUAUGACUUUCUAAAUCAUCUACUGGUGCCAAUUUUUUUCAGUUAAUUUUUUAAACUCCAUUUCGUUAUUUAGAUAAUAAACCCCUUUUGUGUUUUCAGUUAAGCUAUCUAGAGACAAAGUGAAAUAUAGACAUAUUGUAUGACUAUAAAUAUGUAUCAUAAAUUAAUGUCUGUUUGGCAAAUUUUCAGGAAGCGCUCCGGGAGGAUCAACUUAUCAAUCGCUUAAUGAGACAAUCUCAACAAGAGCGCAGGAUUGCCGUCCAAUUAAUGCACAUUCGCCAUGAAAAAGGUGUUUUAAAGCAGAACAGGAUUUUCCGGGAGAAGCAAUAUGAGGAGAAACGUGAGAAAGAAUUUCAAGAAGCUCUCGACAGAGAAGCGGUACAGUACAUCAUAGUUAUUUGAUUAAUACUAUCACUAUUAUUAUGAGGUAUAUUCGCUUAACUGAAAACUGUGGAGAAUUAACAAAGGAAUUGCAAAUUACAGGCCAAAAUAACUUGAAAAACAGCUGUGUUGGAGAAUUUUUUAAAUUGUUUGUGUAUUUUGUUCCUAAAUAAGUAUAUGUUUCUUAAAGCUUAUAAUUAUAAAGAUGAAUAAUUUUAUAUUAAGGAGACACUCCAAAGCCUAAAAUAAAUAUCACUGUUUAGUAGAUAUAUCCCCAACAAAAAACAUGCAUGUAUUAAUUAUGCAUUUUUCAUUGGGGUUAUAUCUAAAAACAGCUUGCAAUAGCUACAUAUCUCUUGCCUCCUGCCCCUUCUUCCCCAGCCCAGACUUUUUGUGGUUGUCCAAUCACACACUUCCCAGUCUAUUGAAAUAUGCACUCUUUUGUACAUGAAAAAAGCUAAAGUGCUUUAGAUGUUUGGAAUCUUCCUUUAUGAACAUAUUUAAGCAUUUUAGGAGAGAUUGUUGAAGCUAGGACAUCUGUCUGUAAGUUUUAACAACAGCUUACAGCAGAUACUUAGCAGCCACACUUUCCUGGCUAAUCAUGGCAGCAUCACUUAUGGUUAGCUCCUCCCUUAGCAGUCACAGGACAGGAAUUAAUUAGAUUAAUUAGACUGAUAGGUAUAAAGAGUCCCUCCUCCCCUUACACCUCAGUCUUUUUUUCCUGUCAUUAGCAAGUUCUACAGGACUUUUUAAAAGUUUUUUUUUUUUUUAUGGCCACCUUCCUGCGUUUGUCGUGGGUUCGUUCCAAAUGAAGUUCAGCCUCUCUUCAUUUGAAGGACCCAGUAAACAGCCUGCAUGAGCAGGACUAACUGGGUUAGGUUCAGUGUAUCUACUGGACUGCUGCGUGGGAUUUAGAUUGGUGUUCUGAGGGAAACACAGCUACAGGUAAUUAACAAAGAUGGGGCUGGUCAUCCUUAAAAAUUCCCCUGGUUCUUUGGCUUGCCUCUAGUAAUUGGGGUCUAAAAUUCCCCCCUUAUCUUGGUGGCAGAUCUUUGGGAUCCAUUCUGGAGUGGGGUCCUCCUGUGGGGGGAUCCAGUGCAGGGUCUGUCUUCCUUUUGUUCAUUAGUGGUUUCCUGGGGACUUGCAGUAUUACUGCUGUGGCUGUUUUGCUCGUUAAUUUCCCCUAUGGUUCCCUGGUUGCCCCUGCGUUGUUGGCUGGAACGCAUUGUGCGUUUCAGCAGGCGGAAGUGACGUCGCGGCUGGGCCGGCAAAAUUGAAAGUUCUUGUUACUUUGAUAGCCUUCAUAAGGGAGAAAGGUAUCGAGAUCUUCCCUUACUUGGAUGACAUCCUUAUCAUAGGUCCAUCUGAAAGGAUAGUAGCUCAUCACAUGUUGGUGGCAAUGAACAUUCUUCAAGACCACGGUUGGCUUCUGAACGUGGAAAAAAGCUCCCUGAUUCCUUCACAGACGAUCGUAUUCCUUCGAGCAGUGAUAAACACCAUGUCUGCCCAUGUGUUCCUGUCUCUGGAAAGGGUCACAAAAAUUAGAGACAAAGUAGAUAAGCUACAAGGUCUAAAGACUGCCUCUACAUGAGAAGUCAUGAGUCUCCUGGGUUCUUUGACAUCAACUAUAGAGUUGGUAAAAUGGGCCCAGUGGAAGUUUUGUCCAAUCCAGAAUUGCUUCCUUCUCCAAUUCGACAGAGUGGGAACAGAUUGGGAGCAAAGGAUGUCUCUGCCCCUGCCCGUGAGGACAGGGUUGAACUGGUGGAAGGACAAGAAGAAUUUGGCAGCAGGCUUCCCGUUGGAGGAACCUCCUUGGACGGUUAUUACAACAGAUGCCACUUCUUUUGGAUGGGGUGCCCACUUCAAUUCCACAUGGGCUCAAGGGAAGUGGACCCGAGAAGAGAGUCAGCUACACUCAAAUCUAAGAGCACUGAGAGCUGUUUCCAAGGCCAUCUUGGUAUUCCUACCAAGGAUCUUAAAUUCUUGGGUACUGAUCAAAACGGACAACCAAGCAGUUGCUUCAUAUGUGAACAACCAAGGAGGCACAAGAAGCAGAUUGCUCUUGAAGGAACCAGCUCUCUUGAUGACGAUCGCCAUGACCAAUCUCCAGGGUCUGAAGGCGAUCUAUCUUCCAGGUUCGGAGAACGUGACUGCAGACUUCCUCAGCAGAAAGGAAAUUCUUCCAGGAGAAUGGAAACUUCACCCGGCAGUUUUUGCAUGGAUUGCCCAUCGGUGGGGCAUUCCCCAGGUCGACCUGAUGGCGUCCUCCCAGAAUCAUCAGGUGGAGAAUUACUUCUCCCUCCACCCGGACAGUCAGGCUCUGGGCCAGGAUGCUCUCUCUCUUCCUUGGUCAUGCUCUCUCUCUUCCUUGGUAUGCAUUCCCUCCCCUACCCAUGAUACCCAGGUUCCUGCGGAAGUUGUGGUCGGAAGGAAAGCAGGUUAUUGCCAUAAUUCCGGUUUGGCCUCAGAGGUCGUGGUUUCCCCUACUAUCUAUGAUGAGCCAGGAACAGCCCUGGCCUCUCCCAUUUAUGGAGGAUCUGCUAACGGAGGACCCAAUAUUCCACCCUCAUCUGGCCUCAAAUUGGGGGUAUGGGUCUUGAAAAAGAAAGACUUCAACAGUUAGGGCUCGCAGAAGCUGGGGUUAAUACCCUUUUGCAUUCAAGGAAAGUUUCUACUUCCUCAUGCUACCAUAGGAUCUGGGAUGUGUUCCGAGAAUGGGCUUUGGCCAACAAUAUUGACUUCCUGCAUCCUCACGAUACUGAGAGCUUGGAGUUCCUGCAAGAAGGUCUGGAUAAGGGCCUUAGCCUCAGCACUCUUAAAGUUCAGUCUUCGGCUCUUUCAGCUUUGUGCAACAUCUCAUGGACUUCGGAUCCUUUGAUCUCCAGGUUCUUCAAGGCAGCUUUCGGGUUGAGACCUCCUUCCAGAUCUACUACCCCUCUUUGGGACCUAUCGCUGGUUCUCAGUUACCUAGCUGAGGAUCUGUUCGUUCCUCUUGAGAGUUUGGAUGCUACCCUUCUGACGUACAAAACUUUGUUUUUGGUGGCAAUUACUUCCGCAAGAAGAAUUUCGGAGAUUAAAGCAUUUUCUACCUUAUCUUCUUGUUUACAAUUCUAUCAUGAUAGGGUGUGCCUGAAACCAAAACCUGAGUUUCUUCCUAAGGUGGUCUCUCAGUUCCAUCUCUCUCAAGAAGUGGUCCUUCCAUUGUUUUACACCAAUCCUUCUUCACAAGAGGAGGUUAGAUGGCAACGUUUGGAUGUCAUGAACUGCCUGUCUAUGUACCUUAAGCAUUCUGAGUCUUACAGAAACACUUACCAACUCUUCGUUUUACUUUCAGGAGCCAGGAGAGGUGAUGCGGCCUCUUUAUCUACAUUGAAACGUUGGAUUUCGCUAGUGAUCAGGAAAGCAUAUAUCUCCAAAGAUCGAUCUCCUCCAAUGAAGAUAAGAACUCAUUCUACCAGAGCAUUGUCGACUUCAUAGGCUAAUUGGGCAGAGGUUCCAUACAAUGAUAUUUGCAGGGCAGCCACCUGGUCUUCCCCGAUGAUGUUCAUGAAACACUACAAACUGGAUGUGGACUCUCCUUCCACCUCCUUUGGGAAAGGUGUCCUGUCUACGGUUUCUUUAUCCUGUUGAUAUUAAAUUUCCUUGCAGCAUAAGAGUCUGUUUGGUGUACUUUUGGUUUGUUUUUCCCACCCUCUAAUUCUGUGAGCUUUGGUAUUACCCAUAAGUGAUGCUGCCAUGAUUAGCCAGGAAUAGAGAAAUCUUAUGACAAACUUACCGUAAUUUUCUUUUCCUGGCUAUUUCUCAUGGCAGCAUCAGGGUUCCCACCCAUUCUUUUAUUUUUCAGCUUUAUAAUUGGACUGAGGUGUAAGGGGAGGAGGGACUCUUUAUACCCUCAGUCUAAUUAAUUAAUCUAAUUAAUUCCUGUCCUGUGACUGCUAAGGGAGGAGCUACCCAUAAGUGAUGCUGCCAUGAGAAAUAGCCAGGAAAAGAAAAUUACGAUAAGUUUGUCAUAAAUUUUCUCUAUUGUUUUCAGUUCAGCUUUAGUGAAUGUUUUGUGAAUAAUCCUCACAGUUUCUCAUUCUCAAGUAUUCUGAGCACUGGACAUUGUGGCUGCUGAUGAGUUGAUUGACCUGAGUUAUGUUUUCUGUAACCAAGAAGACUAGUUUAGAUGCUUUAGUUUUCAGCAGUGAUUCUUCCUAUAAAGGGAAAAUGUGCUGUGUAUUCUUAUUUAAAUAUUUUCAUUUUCAGUUUUCAAUGUAUCCACCUAUACACUUAUAACUGGUGUUAAAAUUUUUCACGUAAUAUGAAGGCCUGUUGCUAACAUAACAUUGUAUAUUUCUUUACUGGAUUUUAAGCCUUGCUAAAUAAAGUUAAGAAUUAACGGCAUCUUUAUUGCCGUUAACCAUCCCUUAAUUACCUUGUAGCUAAUAUGUAAACUUCUGGCCACUUAGUCUGAGCAAAUAUUUAGUAAAUAAAAAAAUUAAUUUGUAAUAUAAACAAUAAUAAUGUUUUAUUGUUAUAGUGAUAUAAUGUACAUUAUUAUUUUUCUUUUCUUUAACGAACAGGCCAUACAAAGGCAAGCAAAGCUUGACUGUGAAGAACAGGUCCGUAAAGUGCAGGAGCUACAUGACAUGAUAGCUGCAGAGCGUGCAGAGGCUCGGUAUAAGAAGCACUAUUUAAUCUGCCAAGAAGUGACGGACAAGAUUGUAGAUCUUGCCACCAAAACAGGGGAAUACAGAGAGCUCACUAACAGGUAGCCAUAUUUCUAACCAUGGUAAAAUAAAUAAAGGAAAAGAGACAGCGCCAGACAACCUGUAAGGCAGCAACCCAACAAGGGAAUCCCCCCAAAACCCUAAAAUACAGGAUAAAAGCAAAAUAUAAAAGGAGGGCGGCGCCAGAAUAAACAGUGUCCAGUAUCAAUAGUUAUUGAAGAUAAAAAGUCCGACCUAAAAAGGUAUCCUCUCUGUCGUCUUUAGGUACAGGAACGCGAUCUUCAGGUAAUAUAUAAAAGAUAAAAGGAGAGAACAAACAAUGGUGCAGAAUGUACGGUUCAAAUGAAGUCAAAAUUGAUUAAUGAUAACGAACUCACAAUUUCCAGAGCUUCUGUCCAGCUCUAGGGUAAAGCGCACACAGCGGUAUAAUCCCCGCUUAUGGGAUUUAUGAUGGGUUCGUCAGGGUAUCCAAAACUCAAAGGGAACAGAAACAGCCAAAUAGUGCUCUCUGUAUAACUAUAUAUUGUAAAAGAGAAUAAAAAAACGUACUUACAAGUACAGAGCAGACCAACUGCUCUUUGAUGUCAGCGCUGGUGGAAUAAUCCCCACCUAUGGAUUUCUUUGAUUGUCAGGAACUUGUAGAGAUAGUAUUAAAAUCAGAAUAGUGUAUAUAAAAUAUAACAAUGAACUAAAAAGAUAAAUAGCCAGGGUACAUGUAUAAAUAAAAGUAGUUGGGACUAUCAGUUAACCAAAAACUUUAAUAUUUAUUAUACAAAAUUAAAUUUCCAUAACGCGUUUUGUCUAACAGACUUUAUCAAAUGGAAUGUCAAUGAACUAAAAAGAUAAAUAGCCAGGGUACAUGCAUAAAUAAAAGUAGUUGGGACUAUCAGUUAACCAAAAACUUUAAUAUUUAUUAUACAAAAUUAAAUUUCCAUAACGCGUUUUGUCUAACAGACUUUAUCAAAUGGAAUGUCAAUGAACUAAAAAGAUAAAUAGCCAGGGUACAUGUAUAAAUAAAAGUAGUUGGGACUAUCAGUUAACCAAAAACUUUAAUAUUUAUUAUACAAAAUUAAAUUUCCAUAACGCGUUUUGUCUAACAGACUUUAUCAAAUGGAAUGUCAAUGAACUAAAAAGAUAAAUAGCCAGGGUACAUGUAUAAAUAAAAGUAGUUGGGACUAUCAGUUAACCAAAAACUUUAAUAUUUAUUAUACAAAAUUAAAUUUCCAUAACGCGUUUUGUCUAACAGACUUUAUCAAAUGGAAUGUCAUUCCAUUUGAUAAAGUCUGUUAGACGAAACGCAUUAUGGAAAUUUAAUUUUGUAUAAUAAAUAUUAAAGUUUUCCAUAACGCGUUUUGUCUAACAGACUUUAUCAAAUGGAAUGUCAUUCCAUUUGAUAAAGUCUGUUAGACGAAACGCAUUAUGGAAAUUUAAUUUUGUAUAAUAAAUAUUAAAGUUUUUGGUUAACUGAUAGUCCCAACUACUUUUAUUUAUACAUGUACCCUGGCUAUUUAUCUUUUUAGCUCAUUGUUAUAUUUUAUAUACACUCUAUUCUGAUUUUAAUACUAUCUCUACAAGUUCCUGACAACCAAAGAAAUCCAUAGGUGGGGAUUAUUCCACCAGCGCUGACAUCAAAGAGCAGUUGGUCUGCUCUGUACUUGUAAGUACGUUUUUUUAUUCUCUUUUACAAUAUACAUUUAUACAGAGAGCACUAUUUGGCUGUUUCUGUUCCAUUUGAGUUUUGGAUACCCUGACGAACCCAUCAUAAAUCCCAUAAGCGGGGAUUAUACCGCUGUGUGCACUUUACCCUAGAGCUGGACAGAAGCUCUGGAAAUUGUGAGUUCGUUAUCAUUAAUCAAUUUUGACUUCAUUUGAACCGUACAUUCUGCACCAUUGUUUGUUCUCUCCUUUUAUCUUUUAUAUAUUACCUGAAGAUCGCGUUCCUGUACCUAAAGACGACAGAGAGGAUACCUUUUUAGGUCGGACUUUUUAUCUUCAAUAACUAUUGAUACUGGACACUGUUUAUUCUGGCGCAGCCCUCCUUUUAUAUUUCUAACCAUACCCAGUUAAACAAUGCAUAUAAUUCGAUCUUGAUCGUUAUUUUAUUUCAUUUGUACUGUAUCACUCAGGGGCUCUAAACCUCCUGUAUUCACUGAAAUCUCCCCUAGCUUAAUAUAUUUUCUGUAAAUACAGCUGUGCCAUGAAAUGUGUUGGUCCAUAAUAAAUACAAUUUACAAUUUAGGAACAAUUUAAAUUCAUGUGCAUUCAAUGCAACCAAUUUAACUAAUUUAAUGUGUAAUAUAAUAAUGUAAUGUCAUGUUGUGUCUAAUCAUGUAAAACACAUCAUUUAAAACUGUUGAUCUAAAGAAAACAAAAUAAAUUUGUAGUGAUGGCCAAAAAAAACCAUGGCCAUCAAACGUGGAAAAAAAAAUUAGGUUACUCCUUGAAGCAACAGCCUGUUUGCAUACAUAUUAAUUAUAUAUAUAUUUUUAAAAAGCAUACCCCCUCACUAUCAUCCCAUGUUACUUCAUAUAACUUCCCUCACAUGUCACCCCUUUUCCUUCAUAUAUAUCUACACUUUUAUACAAUUCUAUAGUAUUCAGAAUUACUAUCUGGAGAGCUGCCUCCCCAAAUGCCCCUAUGGAUAAGCCUUCACUCUGCCUCGGAUUGGAAAUGUGUAGAUAGGAUGGGGCAUGGUACUAUUCCAUGCUGCUUGAACUCAGAACUAGGCCUCUUGUUGGUCUCCCAAAUGCUCUAGACAUGGUUUUACACUUUUGAAGAGUUUAUGGUUUUUCCUACUAAUUAUUUUGCUACUUUUAUUUUUUUUGUCAGGUUAAUUCCUGCUAAGUUAAUGCGAGAAUGGAAGGAGCUAUUUUUCACUGGAUAUUCCCUCUAUGAAGAAGCAUCUGUAGACCCACUGCCCUCAGAGCCAACACCAGAACAGCUCCUGGAACUGGAGAAGGAGGGGAUACUGGAUGAAAAAGACUAUGACGAAUACAAGGUACACAUGGAAAAUGUCAUAUUGAACAACCCCCAGUAACUGUCAUUGUUUAUUGCCUGUAUUUAGCUAAGUACCUUAAUAAACAUUAACUUUUAGCAGAUUUGAGUUCUGCGAUUUUGGUGUCCUCUUUUUACAUGUCUAUAUGCCUACGGAUUCCAACCAAAUCACGGGUUCUGCAUAGUAGAAAAAUAGUAAAGUGUAAGAUGCAAAUCAAGUAUUCUUUUUUAUGUAAACACCCAGGUGCUGUUUAAUUAAACACCGUUCCAUUUCUUCAAGUUAUUGAGGAAGAAUGCAUGCCUUUUAUUAUUAUUUUUUUAUUUUAUGUAAUACAGUUAUAUGCAUCUGUAUUACCAAUGCAAUUGACUGGUUCUAUGAAGCCAAACUGUAGUUAUAUGUGAAAUGUUAUUUUGCUUUGCUGUUUUACACUUGGAACUGAUGACCUGUCUUAACUCUGACCACAGAAUUCUUCCCUCCAUAAUGUAAGUCUAGAGACAAUUGCUGCAAAGAUGUGCCCAAAAAGAUUACUGUUAGCUUCAAUUGUUUUACUCGUCGUUAUGUUAAAGUAAGAGUCAAUAGUAACGAAAUGGAAUUUUUAAAGCAGCAAAUUGUGAGUAGCAUGUAACUUUGAGCAGUUUUUCUUGGUACCUAAAUUGUAUAUUGAUUCUGAAACUACACCCGUAAUAGAGGUGGCACUUUAUAAACCCUUGGUGCUGAAUCCAAAAUUUGACUUUGCAACAUCAAUAUCUUAGUAACCCUCAUUGCUGUACUUGGCUGGUUCACUUCUUUUUCAUUAAGGAAAAAAGCUUCACCCAAAUUUAUUAUACAGGCUAUCUAUCUUUUCUGCUGCUGGUGUGA